UUGUUUUUUUUUUUCCAUUAUUUCUCUUCCUUGGCUUUUUGCAACACAACAUGGAAGACCCCUUAGGUUCCAUAUUCAAUUCCCAUCACGAGAGUGCUGAUGAGUUGAGACAAAAGCUGAGCCUAACAAGAAUCGAACUCGAGACUUUAAGAAUCGAGAACGUGGAACUGACGAACCUUUUGAACACGGCACAAAAAGAGAGAGACGAAGCGAGAAACCAGCUUCAGAAGAUGAUGAAAGCACUGAAAAUGAUGAAGGGUUUUUGUGUUGAAAACAACAGCAACAGCAAGAACAACAACCUCGUAUCACUUGCCGCCAUUGCUAACAGCACUAAAGCAAACUCAAGCAUCACAGAAUCAAACAGCCUGUCACGUGUUUCUUCUCCCGUUGAUGCUGUUUCUUCAUCACCAGAAUUCUCAAACUUGAACGUUAACAACGUUGUUGACUCUGGUUGUUUCUUCUAUGAGAAGCCUGAUCUUGAUCCUGCAGAUGCAUUGAUUGAGUGUCUCGCCAAGGGGAAAGUGUUGCCGCAGCAGGGGAAGCUUCUUGAUGCUGUGGUGGACGCAGGUCCAUUGCUCCGGUCUCUCAUUCCGGCGGGGCCUCUUCCCACGUUUCGAAACCCGCCGCCAUUGCAGGACAUCAUGGUUCCACCACUUGCAGUCAAGGGACUUGAUUCCUUUGCAACAACAACAAACACUUGUUCUUGGAAUUCACCUUCCUCUGUUCUCAACUUCGGUGGUGGUGGUUCUUGGAACAAUGUGUUGCCGUUGACUUCAAAUGUUUCUGAAGUCAUGAAGUGUGCCCCGUCAAGGGUUGUGAGACAAAGGAUUUGAUUUAGUGAGUCUUUUUCUGUAAAUGGAAUUUAGAAACGAUUGGUGUAAAUGGCAUACCAAGGUUUUUGAUAUAAUGUAGUCCCACUCUGAACCUUUGAGUUUAUGGAGACUUUUAUUUUGAUAUAUAUUAUUACU